CUUGACUGCUAAUUGUGUGGAUUCCUUGGAGGUCCAUCUGAAAUCAGCUAUGCUUCUAGUUCUGAAGAAAUGGGGCACUGUGAUGUUCUUCCUGCUGAUGGCAUCUUGUAUGAUUGCAAGCCAAACCUUCUCUGAGAAUCCUCAGCACAAGAAGUUUCUAAGGGAGCACCAGGACUUCCCCCAGACCAAAGUUGGAGGACAGGAUUACUGUAUGGUUAUGAUGCUACAAAGGGGCAUGACCAAGCCCUGCAAGACCACCAACAGCUUUGUCCAUGCUCCUCACAACCAGCUGAAGGACAUCUGCAGCUGGGCUGGGACCCAUUAUCGGAGGGCUUUACGGCUCAGCAAAGCCAUCUUCUCUGUCACUACCUGCAAUCUGCAGGGAACAUCACAAGGCCAGUGUCGUUAUUCGUCUCAGACAGGACAGCAACAAAUUCUUAUCAACUGUGACUCUUCUGGCUGGCCUAUCCAUUUUGAAGAGAGCAACUUCAUGUAGAGUUGCUCCACUCAAAACUACAGCAAUAUAUCUUGGGCAGUUGGGUUAUUUCAUAGAGUCACCACAAUGCAAUGGAUAAUCCUCGCUUCACUUUUGUACCUAUAUUGUAUUGUGAUACAACACUUCAUAAUCUCAUGAAUUCAUCCACAUGACAAAAGCACCAUUGCAUUGCAGCUCCUCCCCUUUAAUAUGUAAGUGCAGUGGUGGGAUUCAAAUAUGUGAACAACCAGUUCUCUGUGUGGAUGCCACUUCCAGAAGUCCAUUCUGGGCCUGGGCAACAAAAAAUUAGCUACCGGUUCUGCCGAAGUGGUACGAACUGGCUGAAUCCCACCACUGUGUAAGUGAUAUCACAAUGCAUGUCCCAAAGAGGUGGAGCUUUCUGUUCAAUGCUGUUUCUUUACCCAGGGGUGUCAAACUGCCAGCCCGUGGGCCGGAUGCAUCAUGAUGAAAACGUGCCUACCCCAUUGCCGGCAAUGAGGAAAAAGUUACGAUACAUUGUGCGACGUCAUGUGAUGUCGCUAGUUUGACAUGUCUGCUUUACUCAAUUUAUUGGAACAACAAAACUGGCUCUACUGAAACUGCCCCCAUUUAGCUGCUUAAUUAUUGCCUCACCUGUUUCUGAAAGCACUCUUUGAUGGAUCCCUACACAUAAAUCCACACAAUAUUAUACAGACUUACUUUUGGGCAUAAAGGUUAAGGUUCAGCUAUAGGGAAAUUGCAAUAGCCAUUUAGCACAGUUUUGCUUGCAUCUUUGAUAAAAUAAAAUAAUGGAAAUGAU